GUAGACCUACAAUAGGACUUCAUUUCCCAGGGGCCACAGGGAUGGCUGAGAAUGGCGCGCCGGUUAUUCCUGAAAUCUCGUUGGCCGGCCCCAAUGCUCCCUUCACAAUCGAGUCCGCGCUUCCGAGAAGAGGUUGGCCAACCUGCGAAGGGAACCAAUACCGAGGCAAAGCGCGGAGCCGUCCGACCGUGAGCCACAUGCGAAGCCCCGUCUACUCUUGGGAUACUCGGCACGACGUAGCAACAUAAACGGACUACUUUUUUUUUUGGUCUUCCUGUUGGAGUUUUCCCACGCUUUCUCAUCUUCCACCAUCCACGCCGACUGCCUCUGCGAACUCAACAAGAUGGAGAACGACGAUAAAUAUCUCCCCGAACUGCUGGCGGAAAAGGACAGCUUGGACUCGUCGUUCACGCACGCCAUGAAACUUUUAAACUCAGAAAUCGAUAGAGUGCAGAAAGGAGAGCCGAAGAAGGAGACGGAGACCUACCUGGACCUUUUCACAACAAAGAACAUCAAACUCAAGGAGCGAGUGCUCAUUCCUGUCAAACAGUACCCAAAGUUCAAUUUCGUGGGGAAGAUCCUGGGACCGCAGGGCAACACGAUCAAGCGUCUGCAGGAAGAGACCGGCGCCAAGAUCUCUGUGCUGGGCAAGGGGUCCAUGAGAGACAAAGCCAAGGAGGAGGAAUUGAGGAAAGGUGGCGAGCCCAAGUACGCCCACCUGUCCAUGGAGCUGCAUGUCUUCAUUGAGGUGUUCGCCCCCGUGCCGGACGCUUACCUGCGCAUGGCGCACGCCAUGGAGGAGGUGAAGAAGUUCCUGUUUCCUGAUAUGAUGGAUGAUAUCUGCCAGGGCCAGUUCAUGGAGAUGAGCUACCUGAAUGGGGGCCAGGAGCACGGAGGCAGAGGCAGAGGGGGCAUGCCUGUCAGGGGCCGUGGUGUCCCCCCUGCUGGAGCACACAGGGGCAGGGGGAUGCCUCCUCACGGUGCUGCAGCCAGAGGAGGUGUGACUAGAGGAGGCCCAGCCAGGGGCGGAGCAGUGAGGGGCGCCCCCGCAGGCAGAGGAGGACCUCCCGCUGCCCCCGCCAGAGGGGCUGUGGCACCACGCGCCAGACCCCCGGCUGGCGGCCCGCCUCAGAGGAUGGCACCGCCCCCUGCACACCAGCACACGGCCGGCGCCGGCGCAGAGAACUAUGACGAAUACUGUUACGACGAGAACUACACAGACACAGCCUACGAGUCUUACGACAGCUAUUACAGCCAGCCGCAAGCAGAACCAGAAUAUUACGACUACGGACACGGAGAGACGACCGAGUUGUACGAGUCAUACGAACAUGAGGAAAUGUGGCCAAGCCUCUGUGCCCAGGACGACUGGAACGGCACCCAGCGGACGGCUGCAGGGAAAGCGCCUCCCCCCUCUAGAGGCGGCAGCACGGCUUACCGGGAGCACCCCUACCGACAGUACUGAAGUGAAACGGACCCUCUCCACCCUUAGUGUUGCCCCGAUAAAUCGCCCGUUACCACGGCAGCUCUCGCUUUAACAAGCCUGACAAAAGUAAUUGUCCGUUUGUCUUUGGUUUGGUCUUUUCUUUUUUUUUUUUUUUGGGUUUUGUUUUUUAUUUUUUGUUGUUUUUUUGUUUGUUUUUGGUUUCCCCCUUUCACUGGACUUCUACCCGACAGAGCCAAUUGGGAACUGGAAAUUGGGACUGUUUUUUUUUUUUCAAGAUUUGACCACAAACGCCACCCCACCCCUACUUUCCACCCUCUUUUUGUCAUACUUCCUGUCCAGCCAACCAGAGUGGCUUUUCAAUUGGUCACAGAGGAUUCGUGGGCACCUUGUCAAGCUUCCAUUUUGAUUAUUUUCUUUUUUCUUUUUUUUUCCUUCCUGCUGUAUAUUUUUUCUCCCCCCUCUUUGGCUUUUUUGCAUUGUUUCUGUUUCUCAAUGUUUGGAAAUAGUUAGUUCUCGUAGAAUUAGUGGCUCAAGAACUAAUUGUCUAAAGAAUCAGUUUUAAUUGUUUUAAAUAUAAAGCACCUGUUAAGGGUCAGUUGCAGAUUCCCACUUAGGCUACAUUUCAAAAUUCUGUUAAUAUAGCCCAUUAUUAAAUGACCUUUUAACCCUUUCUUUUAAAUCCUGUAAUAUCUAAACCAAAACCAAAAAAAAAAAUCCUAAAUUAAGUUUAAGGCUAAAGCAAAGUUAAUGGAAUCGGUACAAUUCAUUCUCUAUAAUGGUUUGUUUUUAAAUAGUACUAAAACAAUUGUUCAAUUAGCCUUAGGCAGCAAUAUUUGUUAUUGUGCGUAGAGUUUUGAAAUAUAGCCCUAAUAGACACUGUUGAGAUGGACUGUCCUCAUAUCCUCAUUUUUUUUAAUCUAAAAAAGAAAAGUAAAAUAAUUGUUUUUAAUAAGAAUCUGGCUGGUAAAUGGUAAUUUAAACACAGUUCAGGUCUUCAUUGUGAUUUGAUUCUAUACAAACUGCAUGCACAAAGUCCGAGGAAGAAAAAAAAAGAAGGAUUGGGACAAAAAUCUCCACAUGGGUCUUCUCUUCCUGUAGAGAAGGGAUCCUGCAGCUCAAUCCGAACUCUUGUACAUAUUUUAAAAAUAUCCUAAUUGUACUUACUCUGCCACUAGUAUCUGUACCCUCUCCAUUAAAAAUGGAUUAUGCUCCAUGUGUAAGCUUGGCUAAAUAGGUUACUAAAUCUGUCCAAAAGAUGUUUUUUGCAGCAGUUUGUCAAUAAAGCUUAGUUUUUUGUUUUUUAUGAAACCUUAACUGGCUUUAUUUGUCUCCUGUCCUGUUAAAAAAAAAAAAAAAACAGCAACAACAACAUGGUUUUAAACGAGCAGUCAGAUGUAGCUGGUUUUCCCCUUUUGUUUCCUUCUUCAAAAGCGCUUUUUAAAUCUAAAUGAAUGUAUUGACGUCUGGAGGCUUUAACCGUACUAAAUGAUGUCUUGACUGAUUAUCAAAAGAGCACAACUUAUUCUCUCUCUCUCUUUCUAUACUUUUUAAAAAGGAGCCAGAGGUAAGACCUCUAAAAUAACCUGGAUAGCUUCCUAAUGUGUAUAGAGUUCUAAAGCAUUGAAUGCCUGGGUAUGUAUAAGACUUUUUCAAUCCUUAUACCUGUGGUCGUAAUCGUCAAUGAGAAUUUGCUUUCAUAGCCGCUUGGAAAAUUAACUGAAUUCAAACCACCAUUCAGGUCUAGGCCUCGUUGUCAUGAACGAUGCUGGCGCGAUGGCUACUUUAGUAGAGAGUAAUGGCAGUGCAAUGGAGAGGAUGCUUAUAACCUAGACAACUCCACUGUUAAGGUAACCUAACCCUAAAUGUUUAAUUAUUAAUUUCUUAGUGUGUUUUAUCCUUUGACAUAAACCUUUUGACAUAAAAUAUAUAUAUAUAUAUAUAUUCUUACAAUCAUGAGUACAAAAAAAAUUCAGUUCAAAAGUAAAGAGGAGAAAAAAAAAAGUAACUUCCAACAUCAUACACUUUUUUUAAUGGACAAAAAUAAUUUGUUUUUUUUUUUUUUUUUUUUUUUUUUUUCUAUCAAAAUAUGACAGGGUAGUGUUAAAAAUGAACAGAGCCAAAUCUGUGUCCAGAUCUUCUGCUGUUUACUUUUUCUUUGCUGUGUAAAGGUUGUUUACUGUAGGAUUUAUUUAUUUUUUGGACAAUGUUUCACCUGUAGAGUUAAAUUUAACAAAAAAUAAAUAAAAGACUGAG